AGCCAAAACCAUCGCCUGCCUUCCUCCUUCCUCCUCUCGUUCCUAAAACCCUCGCGUUACAGUCGCUACUGAACCUUAGCUCUCUGUCGGCGUAUCUCCGCUCCUAUCCGACAAACCCGCAUCUUUCUCUUCAUUCCUUCCACCCCCUUUCGCGUGAUUCAGCUUCUAUCCGGCAUUUCAGAGGUUUUGGGACGGGGAUCGUUGAACUCUAUUUCAGAAAAAUCAAAACUAUGGAGAAGAGACCUUCUCUCUUUGCUGGCACACAUUUUGAUCGAAAUCGUUUCGCCAAGGAUAUCGCCAGAUUCAAGCCAAAUGAGGUGCAUGAAGGUUAUCAAGAGCAUGUAUACAGGGAAUUUCAAUCGAAUGUGCUGAAUGGAAGCAAGAAAGAGAAAAAGAGGAAGCGGAGAGACUCGGUAGUUGUGGAGGGGUUCAAUGUUUUCAAGAGCUCUAAGUCUCUCAAAACCAGUAAUGCAACAGCAAAUUUGGAAGAUGAUUAUGUACUACAUAGAAAGGAAGUAGAGAAGCAGAUAGAGCUAGAUUCUCUUUUUCGUAAGAAAUAUGGGAUUCGUAUUUCAGGGUAUAGUGUUCCAUCUCCAAUUCGGAACUUUGAUGAAUUGAAAUCAAGGUUUGGCUGCAAAUCACAUUUAUUGCAUAAUUUUUUUGAAUUGAGUUUUAAAGAGCCAACACCUAUUCAAAUGCAAGCCAUUCCAAUUCUACUCGCAGGACGUGAGUGUUUUGCAUGUGCGCCAACUGGAUCAGGCAAGACUUUGGCUUUCUUGAUCCCUAUGCUUAUGAAAAUUAAGCCAAGAUGUAAAGGUGUCAAAGGAGUAAUUAUUUGUCCGACAAGAGAAUUAGCUGCACAAACUACUAGGGAGUGUAAAAAGGUGGCUAAAGGUAGAAAGUUUCACAUCAAACUUAUGACUAAAGAGUUGUCCCGAUGUGGUGAUUUUGCGAAAAUACCCUGUGAUAUUCUUGUAUCAACUCCACUUCGUGUUGAUUAUGCUGUGCGCAAAGGAAAGCUUGAUUUAAAUAGGGUGGAAUAUCUUGUUUUAGAUGAAUCAGAUAAACUUUUUGAGCUUGGUUUCGUAGAACAAAUUGAUUCCAUAGUCAAAGCUUGUUCAAAUCCUUCCAUAGUUCGAUGUUUGUUCAGUGCAACGUUACCAGACUCAGUGGAGGAACUUGCACGCACAAUAAUGCACGAUGCAAUCAGAGUAAUUGUGGGAAGAAAAAAUUCUGCUUCAACAUUAGUCAAACAAAAAUUAUUAUUUGCUGGAAGUGAAAAGGGAAAACUUCUCGCACUUCGUUUAAGUUUUGCAGAGAGCCUUAAUCCUCCAAUUUUAGUAUUUGUUCAAAGCAAAGAAAGAGCGAAGGAGCUUUACAAGGAAUUAGCUUUUGAUGACAUAAAGGCAGAUGUUAUUCAUGCAGAUUUGACUCAAGAGCAGAGAGAAGAUGCUGUUGAUAAUUUCCGAGCAGGAAAAACUUGGGUUUUGAUAGCAACUGAUGUCAUCGCUCGCGGAAUGGAUUUUAAGGGUAUUAAUUGUGUCAUUAACUAUGAUUUUCCCGAAUCAGCUGCCUCUUAUAUUCAUCGAAUCGGUCGGUCUGGAAGAGCUGGGAGAUGUGGUGAGGCUAUAACAUUGUUUACUGAAGAGGAUAAACCAUUCCUAAGGAACAUAGCAAAUGUGAUGAAAGAGUCAGGCUGUGAGGUUCCAGAUUGGAUCCUAAGCUUGCCCAAGCUCAAGAGGAAGAAGCACAGACCAAUGAGAAAUUCUGUAGGAGCCGAACCUGUUGACACUGAAGAUCAUUAAGCUGUCUCCUCAAUUUCUUUUUGAUGUAGUCAGCAUUUUAAGUUACAUGUAACAAUUAUAAUUGUCUGGAUUCUUUAAUUGAAUCAUUUUUCAAGUGAAAGUGUCUUCUUUUACUGUGAU